UUACGCUUCUGGCGAGCUAGGGUCCCGUUGCACCCUUCUGCAGCCCGGCUGCCCUAUGUGUACUCCGCAGCUGCUCCUGCUGACGGUGGUGGUCCUGAUACUUCCUGAUGCAGCCAGACCUCAGCCCACCUCCCCAGCCCAGGCUCUGCCCACCUCCUCGGCCCUGGGGCCAAUGACGCCCGAAGUGGCGACUGCAGCUCCUCCGGACUGGUCUGAGGGCCCUACUCCUGGAACUCCGUCGGUGCCCGAGAACACAACCACAGACUCCUCCCCAGCCUUAUCGAUCUGCACCUGUGACUUGACUCCUGGUACCUGCGAUUUAAACUGCUGCUGUGACAAGGACUGCGAUCUUCUCCAUCCCAGGACAGUCUUUUCCUUCUGCCUUCCUGGUAGUGUAAGAUCCUCCAGCUGGUUGUGUGUCGACCACUCUCUUAUCUUCAGGAGCAACUCCCCAUUUCCUUCCAGAGUUCUCACGGAUUCCAGUGGAAUUGCACAGUUUUGUGUCCGUGUGAACAACUCAAAAUUAAACUAUUUCCAGAAGCUCCAAACAGUCAAUGCAACCAACUUCCAGGCCCUGGCUGCAGAGUUUGGAGGCCAACCCUUUACUUCAACACCGGAAACCCAGCCGCCAUCACCGUUUUACAGGGCUGGGGAUCCCAUCCUGACUUACUACCCCAGCUGGUCUGCAGUGAGCUCGCUGAGGCAGCCUGCAGCAGUGGGAGCUGGCGGACUCUGUACUGAGAGCAACCCUGCAGGCUUCCUAGAGAGCAAAAGCACAGCCUGCACCCGUUUCUUCAGGGACCUGGCCAGUAGCUGCACCUCGGAGCCUGCCCUGGAUGCUGCCACUUAUUAUAACUUCACAGUCUUGAAGGUUCCAAGAGGACUGGCUGACCUUCAGAACACAAAGCUCCAGGUUCCGGUAACACUUGCCUCAGAAAUAAGUCCUCCUCUCCUGGCUGGAAACAUGUGUCAAAAUAUAGUUUCCCAGGUCAUCUAUGAGAUAGAGACCAAUGGGACCUUUGGGAUCCAGAAAGUCUCUGUCAGCUUUCGACAGAUCAACCUGACUGUCGAGCCAGGCGUUUCCUUACAACAAGACUUCAUCAUUCACUUUAGGGCAUUUGAACCACGCGUGGCUGCUCUUCCUGCUGGUCCCAGAAGUGGGAAUCCUGGCUACCUCAUCGGGAAGCCACUUUUGGUGCUGACUGGUGACUUUGGUCACUCGAUGACUCUGUUGCAGAGCGAAGGUAGUGGAAUUUGCUCUGUUAAGAGACAUGAAAUACAGUUUGGAGUGAACACAGUAUCUGGAUGCAAGUUAAGACCCAAAGAGGGGAGCUGCAGCCAUUUGCAGGAGGAGAUUUAUCAGGCUCUUCAUGGGGGGCCCAGGCCAGAGCACGUUGCCAUCUUUGGUAAUGCUGACCCAGCCCAGAAAGGAGGGUGGACCAGGAUCCUCGGCAGGAACUGCAGUGUUACAGCUGCUAACUGCUCUUCCUGCUGUCUCAUACCGGUUUCCCUGGAGAUCCAGGUGUUGUGGGCACAUAUAGGACUUCAGUCCAACCCACAAGCACAUGUGGCAGGAUCCCGGUUCCUGUACCAAUGCAAGUCUGUGCAGGAGCACCAGAGAGGAAUAGAAGUGCCUUUGACAACUCUUGUGAACUUUGUGGACAUUACUCAGAAGCCAGAGCCACCAAGGGAUCAACCUCGAACAGACUGGAAACUGCCGUUUGAUUUCUUCUUUCCUUUCAAAGUGGCAUUCAGCAGAGGGGCCAGGGCUCAGGAGGACUCAGCCUCGCCUCUGCUCGUCCUGUGCAUCUUUCUACUCGGGGUUCUCAACUCACAGACUAAGUGAAGAGAGAGAGUGAUCAGGUUUCAUUUUUCCCCAUGGGAAAUUCUAAGACAGCCUACUUGUCUUGGCUAAAGAGGUCCUUGCUUUCUCAUGAUUACAGGAGGCCAUUUAGGGAAACAGAACCUAACUAAAGGAAAAAUUUCCCUCGUUUUCUCACUGUGUAACCUUGACUGGCCUGGAAACUCCCAAUGUGGACGAAGGCUGGACUCAGACUCAUAGAGAUCCCCUGCCUCUGCCUCCCAAGUGCUGGGAUUAAAGGCACAUCCCACCAUGCCCAGCCAGGAAUCUUUAUAAGUUGAAGAUGUAUUCUAAAAAUUCAAUUAGAAAUAUUCCAUCAUCGUAACUCUCUGCUUAGGGCUCCACAGGCCUCCAGGUAGACACUGGGUUCUCUGCUUCUCAAGCUGCCAGGCCACAGUCUCCAUCUCUUCACGUUGUGUUCUGUCUGAAGUGUGCAGCAUCUCCGCUGCUCUCAGGCCCAUGCUCCUGCUGUCACCCAGAGUGACCUCAGAAGGGCUGACAGUUCAAGCCAGGAAACUGCUGGCUCUGUAUCUUGCCUGGCUCUUUUGCCAAAGUGUGGCCACACCCCUUGCCCAGACCUGAGGUAGGAAAAUCGUUCUUUCUAUUCAUUUUCCAAAAUGGAUGGAAUCCCAUCUUUCUCACUAGCAAAUGACCCCACCGUUCUGUUCUGUCCUUCCCUACUUGGUGGUGUGGAGAAAUACAAGUGACUGAGACUCUCUUCUACUGAGUGACAUCGUGGCAGAAGUUGACCCUGUGAUACACCUGAACGUUUUUAUGUGUAUGAGGUUUAAAGGGGAUUAGGACUCUAAAUUGUACAGUAGUAUUCAAAUCAAGGGGCUUGUGUUUUUUCCUAGGGAGAUACUGCCCUUCACUCCAAUUUUAUGCCCGUGACAUUUAUUAGAAAUCUGUUUAAGGGUAAGGCUUUCGUAGUUUGCACAGAGUCCUGACUGCCUGGCCAGUUCACAGAUAGUAACAUGCACAGAACUUUCUUGAAGACAUGGGUUCCUAUUCUUCUUGAGUGAAGACAAAUUGGUUGAGAAUUAAUAGUAAAAAAUUUGAAACUUAAAGACUCACACUGUCUUUUUAAUUAAGACAAGUUUUUGAGGGAAUAAACGUCAUUAUAUAUAAUUAUUUUAAACAUCAAGCAUCUAAUAUUAAAGAUUAACAUAAAGAAUAACUCCAGGGAAACGUGCUGUCCUCACCAUCUGCCUCUGCGUGGUGUGUGCCACCGGAGACACGUUUGUUUGGAGAGAGACAGCCAAUAUGGUUGGCAGUAACAUCAAAUCUACGGGCCUGGGAAAGUGAAUGGGAGGGGGAAGUGACCUGGGAACCUGGGAGGCCCAGGUGUUUCCAUGGACUAAACUUAUCGUAGGAAAAAUACUGAAUGGAUGAAAUGGAAGGAGGCUCCCCUGUGGGAAUUUGAAGCCAGGCAGAGAGGGUUGGAAGUUUUCUCUUCUACCAUGUAUUAAUGCUCUGAAACUCAAAUUGUCUUAAUAAAACUGUUAUAGCCCUGC